AUGGAAUCAGGUCAUAAUGAUGAUCUUGGCGUACAACGAGAAUACAUUGUAAGUGCAUUGGCAAACGAUGAAUCAUUGUUAAAUGAUUUCUUACAAUUUUGUCAACAACAACAAGCACAAUGUCGAAUUCAAAAAACAGGACACAAUGUAUCACCGUACUAUGAAAAGGUUUCGUCAAAUAAACCAGUAAUUCACAAACAACUAAAUCAAUCUAAAAAGAUGCAAUCAAGACUACAAGUACAACAAGAUGCAUCAACGCCAAACAAGCACAGAUUAAAUGAUAGUGCUGAAUCAGGAGGAUUACCAACACCGAAACAACAACGAUCAGGUAAUGAACAAUUUCAAGAAAAUGAAAUAAUACUAGAUGCACCAGGUGAUAGUCAACAGGUGGAUACAACAUUAAAAUGCGUGAAGCAACACAAGAUUCAUUUUGAUCAAGUGAAACGGGCUGUUUCAAGCAAUCUUCCAUGUUUCUAUAUGUCAUUUCACCCUACAAAUACAGAUCAAAAAGUACCAUCAGCUUUUAAGGCAGCAGAUCAAGUUUUUGAAUAUCUAAAACAAAAAAACGUACAAAUUGAUCGAUUUAGUUUCGUAGGAUGGGCAGAAUCAAAGAUCAAGUUGGGAGCAAAUGACAAGGAAGACUAUAUUAAUCUUAUAUCAACCGAAGAAUGGCCUACUAGUAUUAUGAAUAUACCAAUAACAAUCGAAAAACCGAAGUUUAUUCCCGAUUGUUUUGCAUUAGUCAUCAGAUACGUACCACGCGGCUGGGGUACACGUCAUUUAGAAGUAGUAGAUCUAGUCUAUAAAGUUGAUGCUUCAAUUAGUGUCUUAACAGAAGUUGGAGAAUUAUGGAAUAAGUUUUCUAUACCUAAUUUUAAUACUUUUCAUCAACUAGGUACAAACAGAAGUGGUGGCGUGUGUGUCUCUGUAGGAAAAAAUUUAAGAGCUACUCAAGUUCAAACAGAAAUCGAAAAUACUAUAAUCGUAGAUGUUUUUAAUCUCUCAGAUCCUAUUCGAAUCAUUGGAAUAUAUUGGCCUCAGGGUCAAGAGCGCGACCUCGAUGAUUUAAAUUCGUAUAUAACGCAAGAAACAAUUAUAACAGGAGAUUUUAAUGCGUCAUUAGAAGAAUGGAAUAGUCCAGCGUCGGAUAAACGUGGUAAAAUUUUGAAAGAAUGGAUUGAAAAAAAAUAA